CUUGCAUUUAUUUAUUUUUGUCAUUCACCUAUUUUAGCGAGAAUUGAAGUUAUCGACUUGACGGUGGAAGAAGAAGAAAAAAAGAUUGCGGUGCAACAAGAAUCAUUGCGAGAAGAAAAGUUUGAUGCAGCGUCGGGGACUUCUGCCCCUAAGAGACCAAGAAUUGUUUACACACCAUAUGUAAAUAAAAGGCAAAAAAAUUCUGAAACUCAUGUGCAAGAAGAAUACGAGGACGAUGAGGAUGAUGAUGAAGACGUAGAAUCAGAUCCAUGGACACCUCUUGCUAGCCCACUAAGUCCUUAUACCAGUCCAUCAGAACCAAAUCCUUCUGCUAUUAAUUUUAAUUUAUCUGAAGAUCCAUGGUGUGAACAAGAUGCUUUCAACAGCGGUCAUCAUGAAUCAACUCAGGGAGGUGCACAUCAGCCGAUUUAUCCCUUUCAAGCACCCGUAGAAGAAGAAGAAGAAGAAGAAGAAGAAGAAGAAGACCCGGAAGACGCCGAAAGACCCCAGCGCCCACAGCAGAAUCAGGAGCCCGGUAGCGUCAGCAAACACAGCAAUAUCAAAGACUUUUACGAGUCGCCUGCUUAUUGUCUGAUUCGUGAAUAUCUGGACAGAUAUGAGGUAAAAAUUAAUGCUCUAUCGGAUUCUAUUGGUCAGCAGCAGCGUGCGAUAGAAAAUGUCAAGGAUUUCUUGUCUGAGCAACAGCGACGUAUGGAUGAAAAAAUUGGGGAGCUUCAACAAUUGAUGGUGAACAGAGCGGUGGUGCAGUCACUCAGGAAACUAGUGCUUCUGCUACUGUUAACAGCCAACUGACAGAUGAUGGUUUUGAUGAUGAUGAUGACGACGACAGUCAUUCAACUAGCCAUGCAACACACGGUAGGACUGAUAUUGAAUCAACACACCAGUCAAAUGUCGAUGAUGAACAACCAUCAACCUCAAAUGUUGCGGAGCCUUUAAGGCAUAGGCCAACAAGACAGAUAGACAUUGAAACAUUGUUGAGAGAUGGCGGUAAUGUAAACGAAUAUCAUGUUUUACCAAGGCCUCGUUUCAAUAGUGUAUCGUUGCGUAGGACAUUGAAUAUGAAUGAAAUAAGAUCUCAGGAUUUAGCAUCGUACCACAUACGUUUACACGAUACCAUGGAUGACAUUGUGUCAUUCGCUAGACAGAUUGGCGGUGAUGGUAGCGUCAUCAAUUUAUGCCUUCGAACACCGACCCUGAAAUCGGAUGUAAAUGCAGUUUUAACACAGGCUAAUAAUUACGACGUUAAUCUUUUUACAGAUCAAAUUGCAAAAAUUUUGCAGAGCGAUGAUCGGAUAUCAGCUAAUGAAACUGUUGAGAUUGAAGCAGAGGUUGUAAUGAACAGACUAGGAGGAGGUCGCCGUAAACUUACGGAUUUGGCGUUUGAUCAGGUAAUCAAAAGAAAAAAGACGAGCUUGUUUAUACCUACAAAUAUUUCAAACAAAUUAUGUUUCUCUAUCUGUAUAGCUCAUUUUAUAGACCCUCAAUUACCAGAGUGUGAAUUAGAAAACCGUGCAUCAAUCAUACACAAUAAAGUGGGUCUUGCUAUCCAAGACAAGGUCGGUUUUCACGACAUAGCAAAAUUUGAAAACAUGCUAGACAUCAAAAUUGUUGUUUUUUAUAGGACAAACACCGGUGUGUUACAAACAUACGUAAAUAACAACGAGCCUCACGACAAAACGGUGUACCUUUAUUUACAAGACGAACAUUACUACAUGAUUCUCAAUCUGAAAUCAUUCAUAGGUGCUUCCUAUGUAUGUGAAUUCUGCUAUAAAGGGUUUGAUGACCUUAGGCUACACCAAUGUAAACACGUCUGUAACGUCUGCUUCGACAGCGAAUGUUACAAGCAACCUAAAAAAAUCAUUCAUUGUACCGAUUGUUUACGCUACUGCAAAUCGUCUUACUGCUACCAAGCUCAUAAGAAACCUGUGCUUCAAGGAGAAAAAGUACCUUGCGACGUUAUAAAAUACUGUAGGAAAUGCAAUAGACGGUACGAAAAGAAAAAGUCUAAACACAUAUGUGCACCAAACCGCUGUGGUGCAUGUCGUGAAGAUCUUGUCCCUGGUGGAGAACACGAGUGUUUCAUUAAGACAGUACCACUCAAGGACCCUCAGAAUAAAUACAUCUUUUACGAUUUCGAGACUCGUUAUGAAAAUGGGAGACACGUAGCAAAUUUUGUCUGCGCAAUAACAUUUUCUGGUGAAAGAUUUGUAGCCGGGGGGUCUGAGUGUGUGAAAAAAAUGAUCGAUUAUUUCAGAAAUCCCAAAUACGAAGGCUAUUGUUUCAUAGCUCAUAACGCAUCCGGAUUUGACUCCUUUCUAAUUCUUGAAUAUUUUUGUAAAGCAGGUCUUCAAAUGAACAUCAUCAUGAAAGGUUGUAAAUUAAUCUUCAUGUUCGAUGUUUCAUUUAAGCAACGCUACAUAGAUAGCAUAUCCUUCAUACCGAUGGCUCUGUCUAAGAUGCCGGCAGCAUUAAAUCUCACCACAACAGAAAAAGGCUACUUUCCGCAUCAUUUCAAUAGAUUAGAAAAUGAGAACUACAUAGGACCUUAUCCUGACAAAAAGUAUUAUGGUUACGAAAACCUAUCGGAAAAAGAUCAGGCAAAGUUCGAUGCGUGGUACGCUACUACUACAGGGGAGGUUUUCGACUUCAAGGAACAGUUGUGCCAAUAUGGUGUAAAUGAUGUUGUCUUGCUCCGUGAAGCAUGCAUGACAUACAGAGAAUCGUUCAUAGAGUGUACACAAAUCGAUCCAUUUAGUUACACAACUCUUCCUAGUUGUUGUAUGGGAAUUUUCAAGACACACUAUCUGAAAGACCACACUAUUGCUCUAACCCAUGAAAAUGCCUACAUUCGGCAAAAUAAGACAUUCUCGAGUGUCUCGAUUGAAUGGUUGGAGUAUUUAAAAAAGACUAGAAACGUUGACAUUCAUCAUGCUCUGAAUCAUGGUGAAAUGCAAAUUGGUAAAUACUUUUUAGACGGCUACUACGAACAGGGCGAUUCAAGGUAUGGCCUUGAUUUUUUGGGGUGUCUAUUUCACGCUCACCAAUGCCGUUAUGAGCCUCACAAACUCCACCCCAUGUCGGGUGUACCCUUUGGUGUUCUCAGACGUCAAGUUGACGAAAAAAUUGAAAUUCUACAAAACGCUUAUGGCUUGAAAGUAGAGAUUAUCUGGGAAUGCGAAUGGUCUAAAAUGAAACAAACAGACCCUUCAGUGAUAGAAUUUAUGAGCACUUAUUCGGCGCCUGAAAGACUGAAACCCAGAGAUGCGCUUUUCGGAGGUCGUACCAAUGCUUAUAAGUUGUAUCACAAAGUGGGGGAGGGGGAGACCAUUUCUUAUUUGGAUUUUACGUCGCUCUAUCCCUUUAUUAUGAGUACAAAGACGUAUCCAAUAGGUCAUCCCGAAAUAAUUUUCAACGACUUUCAGCCGAUCGAAAAUUAUUACGGUCUUAUUAAGGCAACUGUGUAUCCGCCCCGAAAAUUACUACAUCCGGUCCUCCCUUACAGAUGCAGCGGUAAACUCAUGUUCCCGUUAUGCAGAACAUGCGCACACGCUGAAAACCAAACAUCAAGAUGUAAUCAUACGGAUGAUGAGAGGGCACUUAGUGGGUGUUGGGUCAGUGUUGAACUUUUAAAAGCGAUUGAGAAAGGGUAUGUCGUGGUCAAAGUCGACGAAGUUUGGCAUUUUCCUGAAAGGUCAGACAAGUUGUUUAGCGAAUACGUUAAAACGUUUUUACGUUUAAAACAACAAGCAUCCGGAUACCCUUCAAAUGUUACCACUGAUUCUGAAAAAGAGACAUACAUUCGCAAAUACUAUGAGAGAGAGGGGAUUCAACUUGACCCUUCACAGAUCACUCAUAACCCGGCCCAAAGGGCUAUAAACAAGCUAAUUUUAAAUGCCGUUUGGGGACGUUUCGCGAUGGAGUCUCAGCAUUCUGUUACGCAACUUGUACGAGACCCUGAAGAAUUCACCACGAUUGUUUUCGGUAAAACUGAUGCAUUGAAAUAUUUUACUUUCAUCUCAGAUGAUGUAGCGUUAGUCCAAUUUCACCCUACCGAAGAUAGUCAUCACAUUAUUCGUGACAUUAACGUAUUCGUAGGAGCGUACACAACUUCGUGGGCGAGGUUAGAAUUGUACAAAUUGAUGGAUAAACUUGGCGAUCGUUUAUUAUACUCUGACACAGAUAGUGUUAUUUUUGUAUCCAAGGCCGGUGACUGGAUGCCACCUCUGGGUGAUUAUUUGGGCGACUUGACAGAUGAAAUAGGCGAUGGUGAUUAUAUUACCGAGUUUUGUUCCAGCGGACCAAAGUCCUAUGGUUACCGUACCGCUUCCGGUAAAGUCUGUAUGAAAGCUAAGGGUAUAACUCUGAAUGCUAAAAAUUCCCAAACGAUAAGAUUAGACACAUUGAUUGGUCUGGUUGAUGGGUAUGUUACAUCAGGCGAUGACUCUAGAUACAUUUUAGCUCAAGCUGACAACAUUGUCAGGAAUAAAAAACACCUCACACUCCACAACAAAUCAGUCGUUAAAAAGUUCAAGGUGGUGUAUAACAAGCGAAGACUUUUACCCGACUACACAACUCUGCCUUAUGGCUUUUAAUUCAAUGUAUAGAGGAAUGCGUGAAAUGGUUGAUUUUGAUUUCAGGCUUCAACAUCCGUUUUCAUGUGUCAUAAGCGGACCAUCCAAUUCUGGAAAGUCCUUUUUUGUAAAAAUGCUAUUGGAAAAUGCUGUAAAUAUGAUUUCUAAAAAAAUUGAUAAUGUUGUUUUCCUGUAUGACUGUUGGCAACCUUUGUAUGACGAAUUGCUUAAAUUGUAUGACAUUAAAUUCAUUGAAGGUAUA